AUGAUCACCCAAAACGAAGCUGCUAUGAGAAUGUUUAUCAAGUCAGAAGCAAAAGGAAGGAUGGCCAUCAUUAAGCACUAUGCCGGGGGGGCUGCUCAACCUGCUGCUUCGGUCGUUGAUGAGGAUGACGAUGACGAUGAUGAUGAACAGUGGGAGGAGGACUUCUUCAGCUUAUUCUUUGAUGACAUCGAAGAAGAAACUGCAAUCAGAUAUGGUAUGUCCCAAGAUGCCAUGCACAUGCAAAAGUAUCUUCCUGCCAAUGCGAAUACUGUAAUGGAUCGAUCGUCAGAUCAUUUUAAUCCACCAGGUCUUGCGGUGCCUGCCGCCUCAAAGUCACGACAGAUGGCCGCAAAUAACAACCCUUGGAGGGGCCCUCUGCCACCGCUGCUCAAUGCUCGUGCUGGUUUUGGCGAUACAAGCCUCUUCUCAACCUCACUGCCAGUUCUUUCUCAUGAAAAGUUGAUCUUUUCUGAUUCUGCUCAUGGUACCCCAUCAAUGGAUGACACUUCGGCCAAAAUGAAAUUGCUUGCUGAUGAUCCUGAUGAGAAGGACUACAAGUUUGAUUUUGAUCUUCGACAGAUAGAUGACUUGUUGCCUGAUGAAGAUGAGUUUUUCGCGGGGAUCACAGAUGAUGCUGAGCCCGUUGGGCAGACAAAUACCACGGAGGAAUUGGAGGAGUUUGAUGUCUUUGGCAAUGGAGGGGGCAUGGAGCUGGACAUUGACCCUGUGGAGAGCAUCACAGUUAGUUUUGCAAAUUCAAGUAUUGUUGACGGGGCUAGAGGCAAUGGCAUAAACCCUUUUGGUGUCCCAAGCACUGUAGGAACUGUGGCUGGGGAGCAUCCAUUUGGAGAGCAUCCUUCCAGGACCUUGUUUGUAAGGAACAUCAAUAGCAAUGUCGAGGACUCUGAACUGCGAUCUUUGUUUGAGCAAUAUGGGGAUAUCCGGACCCUGUACACUGCAACAAAGCACAGGGGCUUUGUAAUGAUAUCUUAUUUCGAUAUCAGAGCUGCACGGAAUGCAAUGCGAGCUUUGCAGAACAAACCUUUGAGGAGGAGAAAGCUGGACAUUCAUUUUUCCAUCCCAAAGGAGAAUCCAUCUGACAAAGAUUUAAACCAGGGAACUCUUGUUAUUUUUAACUUGGAUCCAUCAGUUUCUAAUGAAGAGGUUCGCCAGAUUUUUGGGGCAUAUGGGGAAGUAAAGGAGAUAAGAGAGACACCAAACAAGAAACAUCAUAAGUUUAUAGAGUUCUAUGAUGUAAGAGCAGCAGAGGCUGCUCUUCGGUCACUGAAUAAAAGUGAGAUAGCUGGAAAGCGGAUCAAGUUGGAACCAAGUCGUCCUGGUGGAACACGCAGAAAUUUGAUGCAGCAGCUUGGUCAUGAUUUGGACCAAGAGGAGCCCAGAAGCUACAGACAUCCUCAUGUUGGUUCACCUGUUGCUAACUCUCCUCCAGGGGCAUGGGCUCAGGCUCACUAUAGUAGUCCAACAGAUAACAAUAUGCUGCAAGCUUUCACGAGAUCUCCAACUGGAAAUGGAAUGAGUCCUAUCGGAAUGCCUUCAUUGAUUUCAAAUGCUCCAAAGAUUGCUCCUAUCGGCAAGGAUAUCAAUCGGUCUAAAUAUGAUCAAGUCUUCUCAAAUGGUAACCAAUCCCUGGGAGCUGCAUUUCAGCACUCCCACUCAUACCAAGAUCACAACAGUGAACACAUGAGUUCUAGUCCUGGGAUUUUAUCAGGGCCCCAGUUUCUCUGGGGCAGUCCAAAGCCAUAUUCAGAACAUUCAAAAUCCCAUAUUUGGCGUCCACCAGCAAUUGGACCUGCAUUGUCAUCCAGCAGUCGCACUCAGGGCCAAGGAUUCUUGUACAGUAGCUGUCAGGCUUCAUUAUUUGGUUCUUCAGAUCAGCACCAUCAUCAUGUUGGUUCUGCCCCUUCAGGUGCUCCAUUUGAGAGCCAUUUUGGCUUCUUACCUGAAUCGCCAGAGACAUCUUUUAUGAAGCAAGUCAGGUUUGGGAACAUGGGUAGUGUUGGUCCUGGCCGAAAUGGGGGAGGCCUCAUGCUGGGCAUGGCUAGUCGUGCUUCUGUGAAUCCUGGUUCUUCUCUAAUUGGAAGUCUAACAGAUAACAGCUCUACUAACUUCAGACCUAUAUUGUCACCGAGAUUGGGGCAGGUAUUUUACGCUAAUCCUCCAUACCAUGGGCCUGGUACAUUCGGACUUGACAGCUCCAUUGACCGUGCCCGUAACCGCCGAGUUGACAGCAGUGUGUUGCAAGCUGAUAGCAAGAGGCAGUAUCAGCUUGAUUUGGAGAAGAUUCGCAGAGGUGAUGAUACUCGGACAACAUUGAUGAUUAAGAACAUCCCGAACAAAUAUACAUCUAAGAUGCUCCUGGCUGCAAUUGAUGAGCUUCACAAAGGAACUUAUGACUUCUUCUACCUGCCAAUUGAUUUCAAGAACAAAUGCAAUGUUGGAUAUGCAUUCAUUAACAUGAUAUCACCGGUGCACAUUAUAUCCUUUUACCAGGCUUUUAAUGGUAAGAAAUGGGAGAAGUUCAACAGCGAGAAAGUAGCCUCGCUGGCUUAUGCUAGAAUUCAAGGACGGUCUGCACUGAUAUCACAUUUUCAAAAUUCAAGUUUGAUGAAUGAGGAUAAGAGGUGUCGCCCCAUUCUUUUUAAUCCCAAUGGUCAGGAGACUGCGAAUCAGGAAGCAUUUCCAAUCAAUGGCAUAUGCAUCCACAUGCCUCUGGAAGAUGAUUGCCUUGACAAUGAAGAAGACAAGAACCAGAAUGAGAAGACAGGAGAGAGCUCCACCGAUAUGGCUGGGAGUUUGUGA